UUUUGAAAAUGCUUAAAUUUGUAUUUUUUUGUUUUCAUUCGAUUGUAAUAUUUUAAACCCAAGUAAAACUAAAUUAGUUGAAAAUUAAAUGUAGAUUUGUUAAACCCCUAAAAUUUGUAAAAUAUGUGUAAAAUUAUUCAAUCUUCCCAAAUUUCACUAAAUUUCACCAUAUUCCCCUAGUUUCAUUAGAUUUUAUUGGAUUUUAUUGGAUUUUAUCGGAUUUUAUAGUAUUUCAUUUGAUUUUUGUUUCAUGUAGUAGUUGUUUUUUAAAAUUAAAGUUGUUUUUAAAAGUUAGAUUAUAAUUUAUGAAUGUUGUGAUUAUAUUUGUUAAAAUCCUGUUAAAAAAUGGAUUUGAGAUCUACAUUGAGUGAGGAUGUGAUUAAGUUGCUGGAUUCUGCCCUUUUAGACUGUUACGGGCGUUUUAUUACUUUAUUGCCGGAGGAGGUACUUACUGAUCACAUUCAUCUCCCGUUCCAUUUGCAGGAAACUUACUGGUGGUACUGCGAUAAAUGGCGGGAUCGGAACCCUUCACUGCCUUCAUUUACCUUUUCCGAGUUCAUCCAGUUUAUCUGUGUCGACUGCCCGAUUUUACAGAGAUUUGUUAGUAAAAAUGACUUGAAAACAAUGAUAACAAAUUGGCGCCAGUAUAAGAAGAAGAUCCCAGUUCGCGGCGGGAUAAUAUUUAACGUUCUGUGUGACAAGGUGUUACUAGUCCAGUCGUACAGUAGUAAGAAUUGGAGUUUUCCAAGGGGGAAAAUCGACGAGGCGGAAAAUGACCGAGCGUGCGCUGUGAGGGAAAUUAACGAGGAAACAGGUUUAGACGUGAAUUCUAACAUAAACGAUGAUGUGUAUCUGGAGCUGAUUGAGGAUGAUUUAAAUUUGAAGUUAUUUUUAAUCCCGGGGAUUGACGAGAAUCAGGCGUUAAAACAGACCUCAAGCUAUGAAAUUAGUAAGUUCAAGUGGUUCCCAAUUAAACAACUGGAGAAUAAAAAGUACUUAAAAUUUGGCACAUUUCACGUCACGCCCUUUGUUAAAAAAACGCUUGAAUUUGCGCGCGAUUUUCAAAAUGGAAAGUUCACAGCACAGUUCCCAACUCAGUACGACCUCUAUCAGCAGGCGCUAAAUAAUAAACUAAGAAUGAGUAGAAUCGCAAAUUCAGAGACUUUCGGCUCAGUGUCACGCUGGAGCCCUGAGGAAAUGUUCAAGGUUAACUCUGAAAAGUUCGGCAUUGUCUCCACCUACAAAGAAGACGAAACUGAUAAUUUUAACCCAUUUUCAAACUGGACACCGGUUGAAAUUGGAGCGAAUAAUAAACGAGAUAAAUACAAAGACCGACAACUCGUACCAUUUGAUCCAAACUCCUUCUUCUAA